AAUACCGUAUUGUAUAUGUAUUAUUUAUGUGUACAAUUGUAUUUCGAUUAUUCGUGGAAGAAGGAAGUAUGUCGUCAUGUUUUUUUUAUUCGGUCAUCUUUCACUGACUUUGUAAGAAGCUCGUUUGAGAUGGAUUUUAUUCAGUGGAAUAGUACAGAUGUCGCGGCUAAAGUCGAAGUGAAUUGCUUCUUACCCACUGGCGUUUUGGUGCCUAUCAUGUCCACUCUUACUACAUGUUUUUUGGACAUAAAAGCUCAACUAUUUGAAGAAGCGCAGAGGUAUCCAUUGUUUAACAAGUUGCCCGAACUUGAACCGACAAAAUAUAAUUUUAUGUACAUUAGCAGUAAAGGAAAGCGAGAAAUGGUUGACAACGAACGACUAACUCUUCGGGACGUUAGACCUUUUCGUCCAUUUCUUAAAUUGGUUGCACAGCGAGGAAUUCGCGAGAAAGAAUUAGUGGACUCGAAAAUAAGAUGCCUGAUGGGCACAACUCGUGCCAUUGAACACCAUACAGACAACAUUGAAACAACUUUAUUUCGACGUACAUAUGCGGAACUUGCGACUGAAAUAUCUGCGAAGAGACAGGAAAAGGAAUGGCAUAUUAGAGCAAUGUGUGCUUACCCAGUGGAUCUAUGUGAUGAUUUCCCUAAGCUACCAAGACAUAUCACUUCAAAAUUAGAGGAUGGCUACUUCCUCGUUUCACUUUGUAAACUUACUGAUCCAAAAAUAGGAGAGAAUGCUCUGAUUUUCACGUUCAUUGUGAUUGGAAAGCAAGUGAUGUUCUUGCAAAAGCUUUGCAAUGGAGGGCAGAGAAACUGAAGCUUGCUAUCAGUGAUAUGAGUAAAUUUACCUUACAAAUAAAAGGAAAACAGUCGUUUUUAUUAGGAAAUUAUCCU